UCCACAGCAAAGACACCUUAUCAAUCAGCUUUCGGCAUUCAAAUUCCAGAACGGAACUCUAAAAAAAAAAAAAUCUCAGCGUCGCAAACAUAACGUAUCAUCGAUUGUUUUGUUCAGGGACAAAAGGGUGCUUUUUUCUCUACCGUUAGAUCGCCACUCCUGCGAAACCUCUCCACCAAAAACCGCUACCAUCGAGUCAUCGUCAUCGACACCUCAGCUUGCCUUUCCUUAUCUCGACAACCCAACACAUACCUUCUUCUCCUUCUUUCUCCCUGAGAUUCCAGUACUCUUCUUUUUCAUCAGACUUUGAUCCGGUUCUCAUCACCAAUUGCUCGACCAUGAACUGAAGAGAAUAGUAUAUACUCGAAUUACCCCAAAAAUGGCCACUGCCGGCACAAAUCGCCCCAGUGGCUACGACCACCACAAUCACCACCAGAACCCCCUCCAAGCCGAUGACGAGUUUUCGCUACGCCAUAUGAUGGAUGCCGAGCCGACGGGCCCCAACGACGGGAGGGAUAUCCUCAGUGGGAGUAAAUCAAUACCGGCGGCGGGAGCUGGGAGCAGCAAUAAUGGAGUUGUUGAUAUCACAGCGACGCAAAAGAUGGUGUCGGCCAUGUCGGGCAGUUUAUUAACGUCAUUGCUUGUUACACCCCUCGAUGUCGUCCGCGUGCGACUCCAGUCGCAAAAGGCUCCUCGAUCGACCGUCGAUUUCUCUAAACUCGCAAUUACUACCACCUCGCUCUCCCCCGCCCAAACCGCCGAACUCGGUAUCACAUCCUGCUGUCGCGAAGUCUUUUUCUCCGGUGGCAACGCCGAAUUCUGUCUCGCUGCGCCUAGGAUAGACGGUAUCGUCGCGCCUCCAGCACCCGCCGAAUGUGCCGUCGAAGAGGUACAACGCCGAACCUUCAGCUCUACUUUUGACGGUCUGCGAAAGAUUGCCCGCAACGAGGGCGUUACAACUCUCUGGCGAGGAUUAUCGCCCACACUCGUCAUGGCAGUUCCUUCGAAUAUCAUCUACUUUACUGGUUACGAUUAUUUGCGAUUUAACCCGAAGAGUCCGUUUUCGCACUUUUCCGAUACAUCGGCACCUUUGACUGCUGGAUCAGCUGCGCGUGUCCUAGCAGCCACCGCCGUGAGCCCGAUCGAACUUGUCAAGACACGAAUGCAGGCCGCUCAUGGAGCAUCGACAACAAAUCACCUUGUGGAAGCCUUCGAGAGUGUGAAGGAGAUGGUGGGAUCGCAUGGAUAUACUGCAUUAUGGAGAGGCUUGACAUUGACCCUUUGGCGAGAUGUCCCUUUCUCAGGUCUCUACUGGUGGGGAUACGAGUCGAUACGAUCAAGACUGACGGAUUAUCGUGAGCAACGCCAUGGCCACUCAUUACCAUUCGAGGAGGAUCUGUCUGAAGCAAGGAGGAGAUCGCAGGUACAGGAGAACCACACCGAAACCUUCGUGGAUGCCUUUACAGCUGGUGCUCUAUCAGGGGCGUUCGCCUCGUUCGUCACAACACCUUUCGACGUCGGAAAGACACGAACACAGAUCUACCAAGACAGCUCCAAAAAGGCCAAACAAAGCAGUGCCAGCGCAGUAGCAGCCCCCGAGGAGCGCAGUAUGGUACGCCUCCUCUGGCACAUCUUCAAGACCGAAGGAGCCUCAGGACUAUGGAAGGGAUGGAUCCCACGAACCCUCAAGGUUGCUCCAGCAUGCGCUAUCAUGAUCAGCAGCUACGAGGUAGGCAAGCGAGCGUUCCGCGGAGUUAACGAGCGACGUCUUCACAGCUCCAACGAUCGUUCGUGAUGAAAAAUGAACAAAGAUGAAUAGGAUGGAAAAAGGAAAUACCCCCAAAACAACGGAGAGGAAAUAGAUGAAUUUGGCGUUAUAGGGGAGGAGGUGAAACAAGAACUCUUCUCCUUGGAAUUGGCAAUUGCUGUUGCGAUUGGUUUUUUCGUAUUCUUGACGAUAGAUGGAGCUCUGUACCAAAUAUGAGCGAUAGAUAAUAAUUGUAAAAUAUAUGUAAGAUCAGAUAUGCUAGCA